AUGGUGAUCCAUGGUCAGACAACUCCAUCUCUGAGGUGUAAAUUGGUUGGGGUGGGGGCAGGAGGGCACAGAGAAAACUGGUUUUGCAAGUCGCUGUGGAGAUGCAGUUCUGUCAUUUCAGCUGUACCCACAGUAACUGUUUUGGUUUGCUCUGUGUUUGUAUAAUUUUUCUUUAAACACAGUGAACUUUUUGUAACAUCAUUACUACUUCCAGUCCCUCACAUCCAGUGCUCACAGAUCAUUGAUUCAGCAGGUGACUAGAACUUCUCUGUAUUUUCUAUUCUUUACACACUUGAUGCCUGAUUUUACCCCCUCCCAAACUUCCUGAAAAACUCUAUAGUAUUAUUCCAAAAAAAAACCAGGUUUAAUUCCAAGCUUUUGCUGGCUCUGUUUAUCCUGAGGUCUUCUAAUUAGCAAGGUAAGCAAAUGCUUCAGUUCAGUGCUGCUCUGGUGCCUGCAAUCAGCUGCAGGCUAUGUAAGCAUUGCUAAUGCUUACUGAUAAAUGGUGUGUGUUUGCAUCUGUGUCUGUGUGUAUAUGAGUAAAUGAUGCAGAGCACCAAUAGCAAUAGUCCAGGUGAGGUUUAAUGUCACAGUUUAUACUUGUUUCUAAUCUUAGCACUUAUGCCUUGUUAAAUAGAAUUAAUCUUGUAGGAAAAAGAAAAAAGCAGCUUCUUUCUACUGUAGUGAUGAGUGUUUCCAGUGUCUCGAGGGGUUUGGGUGUGGUUUUGGAUCAGUAAAGAACUUCAGUCUGCUCUUGUGAGGAGACUUAACUUAAGCUCAGGUACAACAGAAUUGUCUUAGAGCUUGUAAAAUAUCUAAUGUGAUGAAGAAUGCUUUGAACAGCACCCUGUUCAGCAGGCCUGCACAGGAACAGGUGACCUGUAACCUGACUGUGUCCAAAGAACAGCAGGGGGUGGCAGUGCUGUGACAGGGCAGUGUUUGCCUGCAGUGAAUCCUCCUGCACACUCCCAGCUCUGCAGUAUUUCAGCACAUGUUUACAGAGUACCCGGUGUGUUUUCCAGAUCAGUUGGCCUUGCCUAGUGAAAGGUGAUAGUGUCAGAAGUCUGCUCUUAAAAGUUCCACAUUUUCCUGAAGAAAUUUAUUGCAAAGCAGUGGCUUUUAGUAUUGGAGGAUGAUUUGAAAGACUAAAUUCUCUUUUUAAUGCACGUGUCUAUGUGUGUGGAAACACACAAUUUUCUUCUGAUUUUGAAUUUCUAAUGUAUCUCAUAGAAUCCAGGUUAUCUUUCCUCUGUCAAUAUUUGUGACUAGUUAAUGAUCAACCUCUUGACCUCAUGGCUGUUCCUGGUGUACAUCCAAAUCUCUUUCCUGUCUUCCCCUAAAAAAAAUAUAGCGAGAAACGUGAGUAUAAUUGCAUGGUCCUGUGUAAAUUGAUCUCAUUCUGGAUCCUGUGUUUUUGAAAAAAUGCUGCAGGUAGUAGAGAGGAACAUGCUUUUGAAUCCUGGUAAAUCCUUUAGCCUGGGAGGGUAAUGAGAAGAAAUGCAAACUUCUGUGCUGUCCCUGUGAGUGCUGAGAUCAGGAGAUCAGAGUGUUCUGGAUGCUCACAGACAUGGAGAGCAGCUCCUCACUUGGGACAUUUCUCCUGCUGAUGUGCUUCAUUGACAGCAGCUGCCUGUUUUCAUAUGAAGUGUUUAUGAGAAAAGACAAAGCCCACGAGGUGCUGCGAGUCCAUAAACGUGCCAACCACUUCCUAGAAGAGAUUCGUGUGGGGAACUUGGAGAGAGAAUGCAAUGAGGAGAAGUGUUCAUUUGAGGAGGCCAAGGAGAUCUUCCACUCGCAGGAGAAAACGAUGGAGUUUUGGUUCAAUUACAAAGGUUUAAAUCCAUGUAGUACAAAUCCCUGUAACAACGGUGGAGUCUGCAAAAUAAGACAUUACAGUUACUUUUGCAUCUGUCCCCCAGAAUUCAGAGGACACAACUGUGAAAUAGAGAGGGUGGAGUGCUGGUACAAGAACGGCGGGUGCUGGCAGUACUGCAGGGACAGCAGCGACUCCCACGUGGAGUGCUCCUGCACCAGGGAUUACACCCUGCACGAGGACGGCAGGAGCUGCGUGCAGGCAGCACCGUUUCCCUGUGGCCUGAUCAAAGCCAGGCAGGAACAGCGGCGGGGGCCGAAAAGGCUCCCCAGGGGCCAGUGGGAGCACGGGGAUGUGUCCCAGCUGAACAGGAGCAUGGAGGGCACAGCUGGGCAGAUGGAGCUGGAACACAGUGAUGUUGGGGAAAAGGAGACCGUAGAGGAGACCUUCGGGCAUGCUGGACAAAAGGAGGUGGCAGAAGAUGCUUCCAGCUGGAACAAGACAGGGGUGGGCUCUGUGUCUCAGAAGCCCCUGUGGGACAGCGUUGCAGGGCAGGAGCUGGAUGGCCCUGAGCACCACAAGGCAGUGGAGGGAACUGCCAGGCCUGGGAGAGGCCCAGCUGUGUGGGGUGAGCCAAGCCAGGGCCCUGCAUGGCAGGACAAGAGCACAGCACCUGCUGCCAGGCAGGAAGGAACGGGGGGAAAUGCUACGGGGCAGAACCAACGAGGGGAGGGCACUGGCAGGAACAGAACAGGGGCUGUUCAACACGGGAGCGAUGGGCUGCAGCAGAGCAGGGAUGGGGGAGACAUUCUGGACACGCCUGAGCCCACCCAGACAAACAUCAGCUCUACUUUGGAGCACAGGGACACCAGGAUAACAGGAGGAAUGCUGUGUCAUCGAGGACAUUGCCCCUGGCAGGUGCUGCUCUGGGACAGCCAGGGCGUGGGGUUCUGCGGCGGGAGCCUCCUGAGCAGUCGCUGGGUGGUCACAGCCGCGCACUGCCUGGACCUUGUGAGGCCCCACCACGUCACCGUGGGAGACUUUGACAAAUACCAGAGAGAGUUCAAGGAGCAGAAGAUCGCUGUGGAACGGAGCUGGACGCACCCACACUACGAUUCCAACGACUACAACGGUGACAUCGCGCUGCUCUACCUGAGCAGUGCCGUUGUUUUCAACGAGUACGCGAUUCCCAUCUGCCUGCCCAGCCCCGGCCUGGCCGCGCUGCUCUCCGAGGAGGGGCGGCCCGGCGUGGUGAGCGGCUGGGGAGCCACCCACGCCCGGGGCUCCACCCUGCGCUUCCUCAUGAAGGUGCGGCUGCCCCUGGUGAGCCUGGAGCGCUGCCAGCGGGCCAUGGACAGGCUGGUCACCGACAACAUGCUAUGCGCGGGGCACGGCACCGCGGCCGCCGACGCCUGCAAGGGGGACAGCGGGGGCCCCUUCACCGCCUCCCACCACAACACCUGGUUCCUCCUGGGCAUCGUCAGCUGGGGCGAGGGCUGUGCCCAACAAGGGAAAUACGGGGUGUACACCAGAGUAGCCAACUACAUCCCCUGGAUUAAAGAGGUGGUGGAAAGUGUAGCAGAUUCAGAAAACUUUUCCAUUGACUUUUCUUAAUGCCACCUGUAGGAGCAGGAAUAAUUCUACUAUUACAGUGUUUCAGUCUACAACACUGUACCUGUUCUCUUCCUUAAUGGUGUAAAAUCAAGCUUCUUACCCUCAAGGAAAUUUUGAGAGGGUUAAAUUGCUUAUUCAAAUAUUGCUAAAAUAGUUGUGUACAAUAAAAAACUAUUUGCAAGUAACAAAGGAGAAAACAACUUUGCUUAAUGCAAAUUCUUAUCAGGAAGAUUUUUUAAGAGAAAGCUAAUGCUUUACAUUUCUCAGGCCUACCUGCAUACCACAGACAGUCCUCUGUACAAAUUCAGUGCUUAGCAAAGCACAUGCAGUUGGAGUAAUGGUGUCUGGCUCUGGGGGUGAGACAGACAGUGCUGAACACAGCAGUGAGGGAGCUCUGAAGUUCUGGAGCCAAAGACAAGUCCAUUUACUAAAUUACAGAUGUUUUCUGAUACAAAAAACAUCUGUAUGGAACUGGGCAUAAACCACGCAGGAAUCCACCCAGCUGCAGGAAGAUUAAAGGAUUGUGCAGUAAAAUUCUUAACAGCUGAUCCAUAUCAAAAGUAGUUUUGAUUUUGUGACCUCUCCUACAAUUGACUAUCAAGUUUUAAUUACAACCUCCUCCCCGCACACUCCAUUGUUACCAUUCCACAAGAAACAGAACCAUUCUGUUUGCCCCACAUGGUGUUGAACUAUUACUAGUUUUGAUAGGAAGAAUUUGAAUUAGGUCUUGCACAUGACCACCAAGGCCAGUACCUCAAGGAAACAUCCCCUAGGAUUUAAAAGUAGUCCCUAGCCCCCAGUUAUCAGAGGACUAGACUGAAGCACCAGAACUACAAAAAAAAUUGGGGGAAGAAAAAAGAAUCCAUUGGACCUUCAGGGCCAAACAGACCCUGGCUCUGAGCAGCUCUGCAGUUCCUGUUUUUCACAGUUGCACACACCACUAUGGCAGUAAGGCAGGCCCUGGCUUUCAAUACAUUCUGAACUAAAAAUGGAAAAUCCCCCAAUCCCUGAAGGUUUCAGCAUGCUAAAAGCACACCCGAGGUGGUUACUGCAGCAUACACAUACCUGGGCAGAGUAGGUGAAGUCUCAGAGCAGAAGCCGUCUCGUGCCCCAGCCAGCACAGGCAUCCUCCCUCAUUUCCUGCUUUAAGUUGGUGUCCCAGCACUCAGCUCUGUUACUGUCACUGCCUCCAGUCUCACAGGGCCACAUUUAACAUGUGACUCUCCACACACCUGCAUUCACCCAUUACCAGUGCCAGCAGUAACUCAGCCAAACACCACCAUCCCCACCUCAAAGAAUUCCCAGAAUUACAGAACACACAUUACCAGCAAACAGGCUCUGCUCCUCUGGAAGGAAGGUGACUUUCUUACUGAAGAAAUUCCAACUGCCAGUUAUUUCUGCAAGGAGAAGAGUCCUCUUCUUGUAGGCAAGCUCAGCAGAGACAGCCAUUUGUGGAGGUAAAGGCAAAGAAGCAACAUGACCAGAUGCUGCUCUGCUGGUGUUCUGUAGCACCAAGGACAAAGAAAUAGCAGUAUUAUCCCCCCUAAGAGACAGGAACUUUCUCCUUCCCACUGGUUAAACAAACCUUUUGCAAAGUCACUAGUGAGCUGCAGAAACAUUUUAGCUGGAAACUCCUGGAAUUUUUAGUGGUUGGCCUGCUGGGCUUUCCUGAACUUCACAUCAGUCUUCAUGAACAAUAAAAUCCUUUGUGUGGAUAAUGGUCAAUAUUUCUACUCAAAAGCAAUACAUGUAAAUCUCCAAAGACAAAAUAACUGAUUAAUAAAUCACUGCAUAAAGAGGAACUGAACAACUCUGAGCAGAAAUUAACCAUUCACAGCUUUUCCACAUCAAGGUGGUCUGUGCAUGCCUUCCCCUGAGUAA